GUUUUGGCAACCGCGUGGACCCUCCCGAAGGGCAGGACCCGUAGCCUUUCCUCCAGGAGUUGGGACCGGGCCAGAGCUGGGUCCUGGCCGAGCGGAAACCGAGCCCCGGGUCGGGGUGACGGGGCGCGUGUGUGAGCCUGGGUCUCCGGAAUCGGAGUCCUGGAGGAAUCGAGUACCGAGAGGCGUCUGGGUCCCGGAGGAAUCCGCUGCCGCUUGGGUUCCUGUGGCGGUGAGAAUGAAGGUCAAGAAAUCCUGGAUUGAAGGAGUAUUUUACAAGAGAGAAUGUAACAAAUUCAUACCUAGCUCAAAAGACCCUCACAGAUGCACUCCAGGCUGCCAAGUCUGCCAGAACUUGGUCAGGUGUUACUGUGGCCGGCUGAUUCACGAACAUCACGGGCUAGAUUAUGCCUGGAGCCUCUCCGCUGUUGAAGGCAACGGAAACGAACAGUGGUCUGUUGAGAAGCACACAGUGAAAAGCCCUACGGACACCUUUGGCACCAUUAACUUCCAAGAUGGAGAACAUAUCUACCACUCCAAGUACAUUAGAACUUCUUGUGAUACAAAAUCGGAUCACCUGUUGCAUUUAAUGGUGAAGGAGUGGAACAUGGAGCUGCCCAAGCUUGUGAUCUCUGUCUAUGGGGGUCUCCAGAACUUCAAGAUGUCCUCUAAGAUCAAAGAGACCUUUAGCCAGGGUCUGGUCAAGGCUGCAGAGACCACAGGAGCAUGGAUCAUUACAGAAGGCAUAAACACAGGAGUGUCCAAGCAUGUUGGGGAUGCCCUAAAAGCCCACUCUUCUAUGUCUCUGAGGAAAAUCUGUACAGUUGGAAUCCCUCCUUGGGGUGUCAUUGAGAACCAGAGAGAACUGGUUGGAAAAGACGUGGUGUGCAUGUACCAGACUCUGAGUAACCCACUCAGCAAGCUCACCACACUCAACUGUAUGCAUUCUCACUUCAUCCUGUGUGACGAUGGGACUGUGGGCAAGUACGGAAACGAAAUGAAGCUCAGGCGGGACCUGGAGAAACAUCUCUCAAUGCAGAAGAUACACAGCUGCUCGAGACAAGGUGUGCCUGUGGUGGGGCUGGUGGUGGAAGGAGGCCCCAAUGUCAUCCUCUUGGUAUGGGAGACGGUGAAGAACAAAGAAGCUGUGGUGGUGUGUGAGGGCACAGGCAGAGCUGCGGACCUCUUGGCCUUCACUUACAAACAUUUGGAGGAUGGGGGGAUUCUGCGCCCUCAGGUGAAAGAAGAGAUCUUCUGUUUGAUUCAGAACAUGUUCAACUUUAGCAUUAGACAGUCUAAGCACCUUUUUGAGAUUCUAAUGGAGUGCAUGGCACACAAAGACUCUAUUACCAUAUUUGAUGCUGAUUCCGAGGAGCACCAAGACCUUGAUCUGGCAAUCCUCACAGCUUUGCUGAAGGGUACAAGCUUAUCAAUAUCAGAACAAUUAAAUCUGGCAAUAGCUUGGGACAGAAUGGACAUUGCCAAGAAACACAUCCUAAUUUAUGGACAACAUUGGAAGCCUGGUGCUCUAGAACAAGCAAUGCUAGAUGCCUUAGUAAUGGAUCGGGUGGAUUUUGUGAAACUCUUGAUAGAAAAUGGAGUGAACCUCCACCGUUUCCUCACCAUCCCCCGCCUGGAAGAUCUCUACAACACAAAACAAGGACCAACUAAUAUGUUUUUGCGUCAUCUUGUCCAAGAUGUAAAGCAGCAUACUCUUCUCUCCAGCUACAGAAUAACACUCAUUGACAUUGGGCUGGUCAUAGAGUACCUCAUUGGUGGAGCAUAUAGAAGCAGCUAUACAAGGAAAAGCUUCAGGGUUCUCUACAACAACCUCUACAGAAAACACAAGAGUGUGAGUGGCUUUGCCCAGAGCCUUUCCCAGCAUCCUCUUCAUCUGAGACAUUCCGUGGGAAAUAGAAAGGAAUCUUCGGAAAGCACACUGCAUUCCCAGUUCUUUAGGACUGCCCAGCCCUACAAAUCCAAGGACAAGCCUGAAGACUCUCAUAAAUCAAAGAAGAAGCUCAAGGAAAGACACAGCCUAUCAGAGGAUCCCGAGGCUGCUGGCUUCGUCUAUCCGUACAAUGAUCUGCUGGUGUGGGCUGUGCUGAUGAAGAGGCAGAAGAUGGCCAUGUUCUUCUGGCAGCAUGGCGAGGAGGCCACGGUCAAGGCGGUCAUUGCUAGCAUUCUGUACAGAGCCAUGGCCCGGGAAGCUAAGGAGAGCAACAUGGUGGACGAUACUUCGGAAGAGUUGAAAAAUUACUCCAAGCAAUUUGGCCAGCUCGCCCUGGAUGUGUUGGAGAAAGCCUUCAAGCAGAACGAGCCGAUGGCCAUGAAGCUGUUGACCUAUCAACUCAAGAACUGGAGCAAUUCCACCUGCUUGAAGCUGGCCGUGUCUGGAGGACUGCGGCCUUUUGUGUCACAUUCCUGUACCCAAAUGUUGCUGACAGACAUGUGGAUGGGGCGUCUGAAAAUGAGGAAAAACUCCUGGCUGAAGAUAAUCAUCAGUAUCCUUUUACCACCCAUGAUUUUGACAUUGGAAUUUAAAAGCAAAGCAGAGAUGUCCCAUGUACCACAAUCCCAGGAUUUCCAGUUCACGUGGAAUUACAGUGAUCAGAGCCCGAGCAGUACCAAGGAGAGCGCUUGUGCGAAAGACUAUGAUUUGGAAAGAGGCCCUGAUGAGAAAAUGGAUGAACAUGUGCACUUAGACUUAAGAACUGGGCCCCAGAGUCUUCCCUGGACGAGGAAAGUCUACGAAUUCUACAGCGCUCCCUUUGUCAAGUUUUGGUUUUACACGAUGGCUUAUUUGGCAUUCCUCAUGCUGUUCACUUACACAGUGUUGGUGGAGAUGCAGCCCCAACCCAGCGUGGAAGAGUGGCUUGUCAUCUUUUACAUCUUCACCAAUGCCCUUGAGAAGGUCAGGGAGAUCUGCAUUUCAGAACCAAGCAAGUUUACUCAAAAGGUGAAGAUGUGGCUGAGUGAAUACUGGAACCUAAUGGAGACUGUGGCUAUUGGCCUAUUUUCCAUUGGUUUUGGCCUACGGUGGGGACACCCACCUUUGCACACCAUAGGAAGACUCAUUUAUUGCAUAGACAUCAUAUUCUGGUUCUCUCGGCUCAUGGACUUCUUUGCUGUGAAUCAACAUGCAGGGCCGUACGUGACCAUGAUUGCAAAAAUGGCAGCAAACAUGUUCUACAUUGUGAUCAUCAUGGCUAUUGUCCUGCUGAGCUUCGGCGUGGCGCGCAAAGCCAUCCUCUCACCAAAGGAGCCCCCUUCAUGGCGCCUGGCGCGGGACAUUGUGUUCGAGCCGUAUUGGAUGAUGUACGGAGAGGUCUACGCUUCCGAGAUAGAUGUUUGUGCAAGUGAAGCGCCUUGCCCUCCGGGUUCCUUCCUGACUCCGUUCCUGCAGGCUGUCUACCUCUUCGUGCAAUACAUCAUCAUGGUGAAUCUGUUGAUUGCCUGCUUCAACAACAUUUACUUAGAUAUAAAAUCCAUCUCGAAUAAGCUCUGGAAAUACAACCGCUAUCGCUACAUCAUGACCUACCACCAGAAGCCCUGGCUGCCCCCGCCCUUCAUCCUGCUGAAUCACAUGUGCCUGUUCCUCCGAGGGCUGUGCUGCCGCCCAGCACCACAUGACCACGAGGAAGGUGAUGGAGGGCUAAAGCUCUACCUCACAAAGGAUGACCUGAAAAAGCUUCAUGAUUUUGAGGAGCAGUGUGUAGAAAAAUAUUUCCAUGAGAAGGCGGAAGGUCUGAAUCGUAGUUUUGAGGAACAAAUCAGAGUGACAUCGGAAAGGGUUUCAGAGAUGUUCUUCCAACUGAAAGAAAUGAAUGAAAAAGUGUCUUUUAUAAAGGACUCUCUACUAUCCUUGGACAGCCAGGUGGGACACCUACAGGACCUCUCUGCCUUGACUGUUGACACCCUAAAGGUCCUUUCUGCUGUUGACACCUUGCAAGAAGAUGAGAUUUUUUUGGCCAGCCGAAAGCACUCUACUUGUAGAAAACGUCCCCACAGCUGGACCAAUUUCAUCUGUGCAGAUGUUCUAAGCAGCACGGGGCGGUGUGGAGAGAAGGAAUUUCAGUACUAUAGCAUGCCCCCUUCUUUGCUUCGGAGUCUUGCUAGAAGCCAGCUUCCCUCAAGAGUGCACAGAGGUGCUCUCGUAGAGGUGACACACAGCAAGAGAGAGGCGUCAUGUGUAAGAGAAGACCAAGAGGAACAAGAAAUGGGAUCGAGGACAGUUGCAUCUGGGGCAUCCCAUGUCAGACAGGCACACUCUAAGUAUGGCCAGUUUCUCCUGGUCCCAUCUUCUGGAAAGCAAGUUCCUUUGUCUUUACGAAACCCCUUACCUCUUUUCAGAUCACCUGAGGAGGCAGACAUAGAUGAUCUGACACUGGAACAUAUACACCACAGUGAUAUCACCAUCCAUCUGCCUGGGCCGACCCCUGCGGCCGCCCACCAGGCACUGGUAACAGAACAACAUGAGGCAGUCACGCAGGUGUCAGACGAACCUGACAAGAGAGAACAAGAUCCAGUCACGGUCACUGGCAUACCAGCUCCUGUGACAAUGACCUCUCUUCCUUCCCGAGCCAUCAGCGUGCAAGAGGAAGGUGGAUAUGUGAACUGGGCAUUUUCAGAAAGUGACGAAACAAGUGUGUUUAGUUUAGAAAAAAAGUGGAAAACUUGCUUGCCCUCCACUUGUAGCAGUGACUCUGUUCCAGGUGGGGACUGCUCUCUGCAGACUGGAGGCAGGUCUGAACUGGACAGCUCAAGAAGACUGGCCCAGGGUAGUGAGUGCUCUGUGGUGUCAGCACCAUGGACCCAGACAAGAAGAACCUUUUGGGUCAAUCCUCUCUGCAGAGACAAACCUCUCAUUAAAAGUCAUAGCUUUAGAUUCCACAAGGAGGAGAAACUGAAGAAGAGCUGGAAGAACAGCAGCCAUUCAAAAUCCUCAGAGACAAGUUCAACAUGGAUCAGAGCAAAACUGCUAAGCAAGAACAGGAGCCUGUCAAAGAAAAGGACGAAGACCCAGGGACUCCGGGUGCCCGUAAGUAUUCCCUCUUUUGUACUUUCAGGUUUGAGCAGCUGAGUCAGCAGCCUUUCCCCUGGUUCCUUUUGAGUACACCCAAGAACAUUGUUCCAGGAAGAGCGAAGACACACAUUUUGACUUGUUUAUCUGUUCAUAACCUGAAAACCAUUAGGGUUGUUUCCAGAUAGGGCUAGUCCAAGAAAACCUGAGUGAGCAUUUGUGAACAAGUCUUUCUAGGGACAUUUGUUAUCAUUUCCCUUUGGCGAGUACUUGGAAGAGGUUGAGGAGUGCCAGCGUCCUGUGGUAUGUA